AACCCGCGUAAGUCGUUCUUCGUUAAAUCGUCUCAAGUAAAAUGGCUCGUACCAAGCAAACCGCCCGGAAGUCCACUGGAGGAAAGGCCCCGCGGAAGCAGUUGGCUACCAAGGCCGCCCGGAAGAGUGCCCCAUCCACCGGAGGCGUAAAGAAGCCGCAUCGCUACCGUCCCGGAACGGUUGCCCUGCGGGAGAUCCGUCGCUACCAGAAAUCGACAGAGCUGCUGAUCCGUAAGCUUCCGUUCCAACGGCUGGUUCGUGAAAUUGCGCAGGAUUUCAAGACGGAUCUGCGCUUCCAGAGUGCUGCCGUUGCGGCGCUGCAGGAAGCCAGCGAAGCCUAUCUGGUGGGGCUGUUUGAAGAUACCAACCUGUGCGCCAUCCACGCCAAGCGCGUCACCAUUAUGCCCAAGGACAUCCAGCUGGCUCGGCGCAUCCGUGGAGAGCGUGCUUAAGCGCAAUGCGCUAUUUUUGUGAUUGAUUGUAAUCACACCCAAAUCAAACGGUCCUUUUCAGGACCACAAAUUGGUUUUUCGAAAGAGUAUUUCAUGAACUUUUCCUAGUGAAUGCCUUCUUGAAAG